UCGCAAUGUCCCGGUCUACCUCACCUCGCACCGGGGACCAUACCGGGAUCCCUACACCUCAAUCGGACCCUCAGGCUGCUCCAGGCACACGCAUAGCGAGAAACAACUUUGAGCGCGCUCUGCUCAAGUUACCUCAAAAGUACAUUCCCGACUCGGCUUUCGCGAGCGAUGCAGAGCUGGACAGGAUCAACCGUGUCUCGGGCAUCCCAGAGGACCAGCUUGCUGCUGCUCGCAAACAUUACCAUGAACAAUGCGACAUUAUGUUCCCGACUCAAACCAUCCGGACUAUGGGGUUCAAACCCAGUAAGGGCGAGCGUGUCCGCCUCUUUGAGAUUCCCGACAGUGAUUUGUCGAUUCGCCUUUGGGACGGCGGGCUCGAAGCGCAAGGCCAAUACUUCCUCGACUUCAUUAACACUCAAUCCGGUCUCGCUCAAAACAGUCCUCACGACUGGGUCCUCUAUUCUCAAUACCCCGACAAUGGGCCUUUCUACAACGACCGGCUCAAGUCGUGGGAGGAGGCGUGGGGGUUCUCUAAAGAAAAAAUUCUCCCCGGAGAGGAGAAGUUCAGUAUCGGGCAGGGUGCAUGGUGUGGCUUGGAGCGUCCUGGUGUAGACGAAGUAUUCUGGUUCGCGAUCCCGGGGAGGCGGCUUCCCCAUGCUACCACUGGCCCCCGCGUCAUGGUUGAUCAAGGGAAGGAAGGCGUAGCGCAGGGAUGAACCUGUUUGAUGGUCAUUGUCAUUGUUUUGUAUUCGUUCUCGUUGCUAUCGUAUCCAAG